GGGGCUUCGCGCGCGAGGCCCCUAGAUCCGCGCCAUAAUUCAAGUAAAGGAAGGCGAAAAGGGAGCUCAGCGGUUGUCAAGGUGCUCGUGCAGAGGCGGGGAACGGCAAUUGUGAGACAGCCUCGUUUUGAAGGACAAAACUAUCAUAAAUCUUUUAUUUCUUUCAAGAUGGAGGAAGAUGAAUUAAGUGAAAGAGAGCUGUUUGUAGCUUCUAUUAUGAGCAGAGUUAGAAACUUGAAAAGCAAAUAUAAAAAUGAGGACACUGUUACAGAUGAGCUUAAUUUUACCAAGAUAUCAGCUGAUAUAACAGAUAAUUCCGGAACUGUUAAUCAGAUUAUAAUGACUGCAAAUAAUCCUGAAGACUGGUUGAGUUUUUUACUUAAACUGGAGAAAAAGGAUAUUCCUCAGACUGACAUUGACUUAUUGAAUAGAUUAAUUGGCCGUUACAGUCAAGCAAUUGCAGCAUUGUCUGUAGAACAGUAUAGCCAGAAUGAAAGUUAUGCUCGCAUCUUGGUGAGAUUUGCAGAACUGAAAACUAUUCAAGAUCCCGAAGAGGCACGUGACCAAUUUCAUCUUGCUAAACUGAACUGUAAGCAGUUUGCUUUUGUGCAUGUAGCUUUUGCCCAGUUUGAACUCUCACAAGGAAAUAUUAAGAAGUGUAAACAGCUUCUUGAAAAAGCUGUAGAAUGUUCAGCAUUUCCUCCAGAAAUGUUGGAAAUUGCUCUGAAGAACUUGCGCUUACAAAAAACCCAACUGCUUUCAGAAGAAGAGAAAGAGAAUUUGGCAGCACCAUAUUUGCAAAGCAUGCCUGGAAAUUUCCUGAAUAGGAAGGGAAAUGUUGAUUCAGGGGAGAUCAUUGGCAGUGCACCCAGUGUUUGUUUGGGGCAGAAAAAUGAGUCUCCUCAACAGGCUGAAUUUAUUCUGGGUGGACGCAAAUCCUUGAAGCAACUAAACCAGUCUAAUCAGAUGUGCCCUUUUGGGAGAGUUCCUAUCAGAUUAGUAAGUGAUGAUGAAGAUGAUGAGGAUGAUAAAAAUGAUUCAGUGAAGAAAGAUGUCCCAUAUGUCCUAAAGAAGCAAAUACCUGUUUCAAAAGACACCAAUUUGAUCAAUUCACCUCUGCAUGAAUCAAAACCUAAUAAAAGUGCUUCAUGUUAUCCAGAAGGCCUGAAGCCUUUGUCAAGCAGGAAACCUAUAGAAUUACAGUUGUUGGAUGAAGAGAACUCGGAAAGAGCUACCAAUUCAAGCAUAACCUUAAAGAAUAAAUAUGAUUCCAGGGAUGCUGUUAACAUAAAAGAAACUGGAGCACAUCAUGAGGACCUAAUGACCACAGAGUCAGGCUAUCUGGAAAGGCAACGACAGCCAUCUCUUUCUUUUGAAAAUACCCCAAAAGAAAAUGAAGAGUCCAUAAUAAGUUGUCCUCCUUCUGAAACUAAAUGGUGUCAAGUGACGCAAAAGAGGAACUCGGAGGAGAGAAACUCAUGUAUUGAACAGCCAGUGCUUCAAAUUUCCAGAAGAUUUUCACCGCCAGAGACUACUUCAAAGAGAAAUAGUCAGGCAUUUGUUGGCACUACUCCAUGCAGCCGCUCUGUGAACAAUCAUGUGUCCUGUUUCAGCACACCUGUUAUAAAUAAUGAUUUUCUUUCGGGGAGGAAACUGACCACACCUUACACCCACUUUUCCUAUUUGCACGCUUGUGCUCCGACAACUCCAUUCCAAAUGCAGAGUGGAUUGCAGAUUUCAGCUUCUCCUUCAGAUGAAUGCAUUUUUAUUAAAGGAAAAUGGUAUUCUGUAUUGAAACAAAUUGGCAGGGGAGGUUCAAGUAAGGUAUUCCAGGUACUUGAUGAAAAGAAGCGUCUUCGUGCCAUCAAAUAUGUUAAUCUGGAAGAGGCAGAUCAACAGACUAUAGAAAGUUAUAAAAAUGAGAUUGUUCAUUUAAAUAAGCUUCAAGAACACAGUGAUAAGAUUAUUCGACUUCAUGACUAUGAAAUAAAUGAGAAGAAUAUCUACAUGGUGAUGGAGUGUGGAAAUAUUGAUCUUAAUAGCUGGCUUAAAAAGAAAAAAACAAUUAAUGCAUGGGAGCGGAAGAGCUACUGGAAAAAUAUGUUGGAAGCUGUCCAUACAAUCCAUCAGCAUGGUAUUGUUCAUAGUGAUCUGAAACCAGCAAACUUUCUGCUAGUGGAUGGAAUGCUAAAAUUAAUAGAUUUUGGCAUUGCAAACCAAAUGCAACCAGAUGUAACUAGCAUUUUUAAAGAUUCACAAGUUGGCACAGUUAACUUUAUGUCACCAGAGGCAAUCAAAGAUAUGUCAUCUUGUGCAGAAAAUGGAAAACCAAGAUCAAAGAUCAGUCCCAAAAAUGAUGUCUGGUCAUUGGGAUGCAUUUUAUAUUGUAUGACAUAUGGGAGAACUCCAUUUCAACACAUAACAAAUCAUAUCACAAAACUUCAUGCGAUAAUUGACCCUACUUAUGAAAUAGCAUUUCCUGAUAUUGCGGAAAAAGAUCUCCUGGAUGUCUUAAAGUGCUGUUUAGUAAGGAAUCCUAAACAAAGAAUAUCAGUCUCUGAAUUGUUGAUUCAUCCUUAUGUGCAUAUUCAAGCCAAUUCACAAACAGGGGACACAAAAGGAACAACAGAGGAAAUGAAGCGUAUUCUUGGUCAUCUUAUUGGCCUGAACUCUCCUAACUCCAUUACUAGAGCUGCUAGGACUUUAUAUGAACAGUGCAGCAAUGGAGAAGGUUUAGAUGUAUCUGCUUUUGCAAACUCUGGUAAAUCGUGGAGCGCAAAGUGAUAUGUAAAUUGUAGCUUUAAAUAUAGUGAUGAAAAUAUGCUGUAUGCUAGGCAUUGACUGGUUCUGUUUAAAACAAUAGUUUUUGUUUCUUAUUCUUGUACGAUCAGUGGUGCCGCAAAAAUGCUUAUUGUUUAUCCAUUAUUUGCCUAUCAACUUUGUUAUGGAACACUGAUGCAAUAUUUGCAUAGUAAAUAUAUAAUGGGUUUUAACACAAAACACACAGAGUUUCUUGCUCCCACUCUUUAAAUAGUGAAAACAAUAAUUGUAACUGUUCCGUUCCCAACUAUGAACCUCUACAAUUUGUCAUUUGUUGAUCCUGAUAAUUUAAUUUGCCCUCCCUGCCAAAUACUGCUUGCAGAGGACACUGAUGUACACGUGUAUGUAAAUAAAAGCAAGUAAAUUGAUGCACUGCUGUUUUAUGCCACCCUGGAUAUUUUCAGGUUUUGAUUUAUAAUAUACUGAUAAAAAAGUAACCUUGUAAAUAAAAAAAAUUACAGUGUAAAAAA